GUGCAGGGCUUUCCUACCCGUCAAUUCAAUCCCGCCGUACUAUCCUUGAUCUCCUUACGCUACAUCCCGUGGACAAGUACGCCGCCACGAUGUCCGGCGCAAGGCAUUGGGAGCAAGAUAAAGAGGCCACUGUCUACAUCGGCAACCUCGAUGAACGGGUUUCAGAUAGCCUGGUAUGGGAGUUGAUGCUACAGGCCGGACGGAUCGUUAACGUUCACCUACCGAAAGACCGAGUCACCCAGUCCCAUCAAGGCUAUGGAUUCGUGGAGUUUAUCAGUGAGGAGGACGCCGAAUACGCGUCGCGGAUCAUGAAUGGCAUCCGCCUCUACGGGAAACCUAUACGCGUGAACAAGGCAUCGGCCGAUAAGCAAAAGUCGGUGGAAAUCGGCGCAGAGCUCUUUGUCGGAAACCUCGACCCCAUGGUGACCGAGCAAGUUCUCUUUGAUACAUUCGGCCGGUUUGGGAGCUUGGUUACCUUACCAAAGGUUGCGCGAGAUGACAACAACCUAUCGAAGGGCUAUGGAUUCGUCUCCUUCAGUGACUUCGAGUCUUCUGAUGCUGCGAUCGCCAACAUGAGUGGCCAGUACCUCAUGAACAAACAGGUCUCGGUACAAUAUGCCUACAAGAAGGAUGGCAAGGGAGAGCGACAUGGUGACCAGGCCGAGCGAAUGCUGGCCGCCCAAGCUCGCAAGCAUAACGUCCAUCCGCCAACGCAGUCGAUACCGCCGCAGUUCUCGGGCCCGGGGACUCCCAUGGCUCCUGCGGUGGCGACCGGUGAUAACUCUCGACCGCUGAGCACAGGUCCGGCCGAUCUAGGUAUGGGAAGAGCCGUUGCUUCACCAAACGUUGGUUUUCAAAAUGUGCCACCUCCGCAAUCCAACCGACCCAUCGCUGUUCCCACCUCUUUGGCCAACCCCCCGCCAGGCUUGCCAGCGCGACCUCCACCAUCUCAGGCAGGCUAUGGUGGUCCGCAGGCCUUCCUACCUCCGGGCUUCAAUAAUACACCGGGCCAGCAAGCCCCGUUCCCACCCCAAGCGGCCCCCCUCCCGGGUUUGCUCCCCCCGGUUUCGGUCUCUCCGGGGGGGCUCCCGUGGCGCCACCGCCGUUGCCUCCGGGCUUCCAGCAGGGCAGUUAUGGCCGGGGGCGCUGAGAGGCCUCCCAUGAUGCGACUCUGGCGAGAGUCUUUGGUCUACAGCAAUCAAACAGUGUACGUGUGUGGCAGUUCCGCCCGGGAGUCCCCUUUGAUACGAUGUAUGUAACAAUUAUCGGUGUAACCCAAAAAGCUCACAUGUAAUAACUUAGCUAAUAUUUCCCACCUCGGUGCUUCAUAGUUUAGGCUGGAAUGGCCUGUUCUCGGGGCUUAUGAGUCUAGUUAUACCCUGCAGGACAGAGGAAUUCUACUCGCGCGGCGAUUUCUACCUGGAACAGUAUUAUAUGAACACGGUUUCUAUUAUAACAGUUGGAGGGAGAUAUGAUCAAUUGCAACGACUCGAGACUAAUCCGAUCCAAAGCCGCCAUUUCGGACCAAAGAUGAGCGAGAAGGACAGUGAGGAGGGUGUUGUGAUCAGCAUCGAAUAUCUGUGAGCAACCUCCAGGGAAGCGCCGGAAAGAGAAGAUAACACCAAGGAAAAGAAAAGGGGGGAAACGAAGGGAGAGAACGUUGGAGGAGCCGCAACGAUGGCGUUGAU